AUGACUUGGUUGCAACGUUUCGUUACACCUCCUGACGUGCCGAAUGCCCAGCGCCGCGCCACCCCGAGCAGCUCCUCGGGCAACAUUGCCCAAACCUUCCAUCGCUCUCGCAUCGCGUCUAACCCCGUUCCGCCGCGCGAUGGGCAGACGAGUGGGUACGUCGUUGGUCACUCACCGCAGGGAACGCGGGAGGAGCCUUCCGAGCAGCCGACGAAGCCCAAAGGAUCGGACAGGAAGGAUAAGGGCGUUUGGAUUUCUGCUCGUAAACCCUCCGCAGACGCGAAAACGCCAUCCGUGCUCAUGGGGAGGACUUUCGGAUGUUUUUUUCUUGCGCCGCAGCUCGGACAGCUACAAAUUAGCCGAAUUAUGCGCGUUUGGGUUAUCACAAUGCGCGUCACUGACACAUCCACAUCUUUCUCGCCAUUGCGCGCGGAUGCCUUGCGGAUGCCUGAGAGCGCUGCAUGGGAAAUUACUAAUCCAGUCGUGGGACAAAAUUCCUCCAUGAGCGACGAGCCAGCCCCUCGAUAUACAACAUUCUAUGAAGCUAUGCUCGCGCUUGGCUUUGUCAAGCCGGAUACUCCGCGGCAGAUCACCGAAGUCAACCCUCUUGCGGCUCUUGCCCAUGCCCGGUGCAUCCUACAACAGCGAAAGCUGGUGCUGAAUACGACUUACCUUCGCUGUCUCCUCGACCUAGGCUGGCUGUCAGACGCCGAGAAGUCGGCCUUGACAUCAGCCGAGGUCCUCGCUGUUGAGGAGCAUCGCGCCAAGCUCCCUCAUUUGCUGGCGUCGCUUCCUAGCUUCACGGUGGCUGAGGACAUUCCCGUCGAGGUGGCCUUGGAUAUCCCCGUUCGUCCAGGUGAUGGACAACGUUUGGACGUUGAAGCAAAUGCUACUUCUUACGCCAUGGCCUGCGAAGCCAUCAUCGAUUAUAACGCUUUCGACAUGAUGUCUUCUGUCGUCGCAGACAUAUAUUCUCAAAAGUUUGCCGCUCUACACAAGGCCGGUGACCAAGCUCGCUACGAUUUUUCCACACCCAGGCUUCAAGGCGGUAUAUCGAAGGAGAACCACGAAAAGGAGAACAUCCACGAUAGGAAAAGGAAACGUGAUGGAGUUGAUGUAGAGGUCGAGGCGAAAAAGAACAGACAACAAUUUUGA